AUGACUCUAAUAAAUUUAUUAUCUGAAACUCGUAUUGGUUUUGAAACUAUCACUAAUACUUCCACUUUAACUACCAACGGGUUUGAAGAUGUUAACGUCAAGGCUUUUCGUACCCUGCUAAAUGUUAAUUAUGAUUAUGUUUGCUGGAUUAGGGAAUCUACAGAAAAAUACUGGCUAAGAAUUCUUGAUGACCGUCUUUUGAAAUUUCUUUUCUCAACAUAUUACAUAAACAGCGAACACAUUUUUGUUGUCUUUCGUCCUAAAGGACAACCUUCACCAAAUACAAGUCUUUCUGAUACAAGCUUUUCUAAUGAGGUCGAUGCUAUAGCAAGUUUUCAAGGGUUGUCACUAUCGACUGCUUCAGUAGAUAAUGAGAUAGAGCCAUUCACUCAAACUUCGCUAAAAGAAUUGAACCCUUCGGAAGUUAUGACCAUCAAAAACAUAGCGGUCAACUGGUCUUCUUUUUCAGAUUUUAUCACAUCAAAGCUCGGUGAGGGUGUAAGCUUGUUUAACAUUUCUUUGUCGGCAGAAAUGAGGAAUAGAGAGUUUGCGACAAUUCAGCUCACGCACCCAAUCUGGACUCAUUACAUUUUACGUGAAAAUAAAGGUGCCGAUGAUUUGCUUGAACUGUUUGCUUCUACCUGUGAAAAGAUAAUGAGCUACGAAAUUGAGCUGAAAAAGUUAGGAAAUCCAACUGCUAAAUUCUUCUUUUCAGAUGUGUAUUUUAGUGAAGAAGAAAUCGAAUAUCUUCUUAAUUUUCCAACUACUUCAGGACUUCCUGUUUCUAGGCUUCUUGAGGUGGCGCUGUCAGAUAAAAUGGACUCUUACCAGUUAUGUUCAUCAUAUGAUUUAGCACCCUUAUACAACAAGUAUUUAACGUGCGAAAGGGUUUUCAAAAAGAAAAAGAUUUCAAGAAUAAUUUAA